UCGAUAUAAAAUCACAUGUUUUUAGUCUAAGUUUUUAUAUAUUGUAGUUUAUUCAAAAUGGCAAAGAUUAACACAGUCCCUGGCUACGAGACGACUUAUAAUCACUUUUACAGGGCGUACUGCACGACAGAGAAGGAUUUGAACGUACGUUACGAAAAAAAGAUAAUCCAGCUUUCCGAGUUGGACGCGGAGGUGUGCAAACCGCGGCAAAUCCCGUGCGAGUGCAGUGAGAUAGCCGAAUUGGAGAGAAACGCGAAGUGCGACUUGAAGAAAUGGACCUAUUUGGCAAACGCUAAAACCGAAUACAGCGAAAAAAUAGGAUCCCCUUGGGCGAACUUCACUUUAAAAAGUACCCUCCCGAAAAAGCUUAAACGAGGGAUGGCGUUGGAGGAAAUGGAGAAGCUGGUACCCGCUGAUUCGCCGACUUACAUAUACACCCUCGAGGAAAACCAAAAUCGCAAGGAGUGCGAUUGGUGGUUGGACUCGCUCGUCUUCUCGGAGGAUCUACAGUGCCGCAUUUCGAGGGAGUACCAGAAGAGGCAGUUCCUCCUCUCGGAGAAACAGCUCCAGCGUAAAAGCUGAACCCGUCGUUUCAUUAAAGCUUUAUUGUAAUAAAAACAAA